AAGAAACAACAAAAAGAGUUUGAAUUGCUAUACGCAGUGCUUACGGUGAAAAAAAAAAACAUAUUUGAAAAGUUAUAUAAUGUGUAAAAAAAGUAACCAAACUGUCUUCAUUGAAAGUUUUUCUGCCACAGGAUCGAUCCCCCCCACCCCACCCCAGGCGACGGGACUAGUUGGACUGCAUUCAUAACCUUUCCCAAGUCCGUUGACCCCUAACUAACUAUAAUGAUGGUCAUAAGCAGAACACAUAAGUAAUCCCAUCAGUGUCCCGUUAACGCACCUGUAUCAGGCGCCAUGGUCAAGUCUACGGGGGUUAAAGAAGCGUGUCUGUGUAAAGCCUGUCUGUCGUCUCUCUGAGUCGCCGGAGUCCAACACUCCGGGAUUACAGGGCGCUAGUUCUGGAUUGUACACCGGGAGACCACACUGCGACGCAGUGGUGCCACAACAGCACGUGGACAUUUGUUAUAUUUCCGUCAGUUUGCGAAAGAUCUUCAAAGAUUGUGAAGGAAAGUGCGGAAAUCUCCGAUGCCUGGAACAGCAAUCAUGUAUUCGCGCAAGAGAAAUAACAGCGUCAACACGGAGAGGAGCAAGAGGAACAUAAAAGGCAAAACAUGGACGCACUUGAAGAGCACUCCGCCUCAGGGGGGGGUCGUCACCCUGUUGUCCGCAAAGGUGGGGAAAACGCUGGAGACCCAGGAGAACACGACGGAGGAGCAGGAGGCGAUGCGGCGCACGGCUUUUGGGAAGGCCUUCUACGACAUGAGCCAUUCAGAGAGAGUGAUGGACGAUCUGACAUUUGGACGGCGGGUGGGGCUCUACGAGCUGAGAGGGCAGAUUGGUUGUGGCAACUUCUCCCAGGUUAGAUUGGGGAUACACGACCUGACUAAAGAGAGAGUGGCGGUCAAAAUCCUGGACAAGGUGCGUCUGGACAAACGCUCACAGGCGCUCUUUGCCUCUGAGAUCUCGUGCAUGGAGAAGCUGGCUCAUCCCAACGUCGUGCGGCUGUUCGAGGUGGUGGAGACCUUCAAGCGGCUCCACCUGGUGAUGGAGUACGCCAGCGGAGGAGAGCUGUUCUCCCAUAUCAGCACUAGGGGGCGCCUGUCGAACCUGGAGAGCAAGCUGGUGUUUUCACAGGUGCUGUCUGCAGUCAAACAUAUGCACGAUAAUGAUAUUGUCCACAGGGACCUGAAGGCCGAGAACGUCUUCUACACCAACUCUUACUGCAUUAAAGUGGGCGACUUUGGCUUCGGCACGUUAUGCGGCCCCGGCGAUGUCCUUCACACGUUCUGCGGCUCGCCGCCGUACGCGGCCCCCGAGCUGUUCAGAGAGAAAGGUUAUAACGGUCAACAUGCAGACGUGUGGGCGCUGGGUGUCUUGCUUUACUUCAUGAUGACUGCCACCAUGCCAUUCAGAGCUACCAACACGGGCAGGCUUAGAUGUUGUAUCCUGCAGGGCUCUUACUCCAUCCCCUCCUACGUACCUGUAUCAUGCCAGGUGGUCAUCAAGGGCCUCCUGAGGCCGGUGCCUGUGGACCGCCUCACUAUGGCACAGAUCAUGUGCAGUGACUGGAUGAGAGGCGUCGAGUACCCCCAGGCUUAUCCUUCUUUUAGCCCCACACCCUCCCAUCUGGUCGAGCCCACCUGCCACCUCAGCUCAGAGGAACUGAGUGUGAAGGCGGCGCUGGAGGAUCUUGGCAUCACCAGGGCCCAUCUACUCAACCACAGCUUGGACCUACGAAGUCCUGUCACUGGGACUUACCGGAUUGUGCUGCAUCGCAUUCAAAAGAGGAGAUGUGUGGCGGCCGUGGGCUACAGCCAGUCAUCCGCCAAAGAGUCCCAGGGCAGACUCAGAUGGAGGGCGGGCUCGGACGGACUGUUGAACAAGCGCCACUCUGUUGUCUGCAUCAUCAUGUAGUUUCUCUCUAAAGAAUCGUUCAACAUUUUGGAGCAUGUGCUUAUUGACCUACUUCCAAAGAGUU